AAUCCACUCAGUAAUAAAUACGCGGUGCUUAGCUUAGAUAUUCGAGCUUCGCAGCCAUGGCGAACGAAGACGACCGCUUGGUCUUCGAAGUUAACGGGCAGAGAUUCGAGCUUCCAGAAGUCGACCCGUCCACCACUCUCCUCCACUUCCUCCGCUCCCAAACCUCUUUCAAAAGCCCCAAGCUAUCCUGCGCCGAAGGUGGUUGUGGAGCUUGCGUUGUGGUUCUGUCGAAAUUCGACCCUGUCCUAAACAGGGCGGAGAAUUUCUCAGUGAGUUCGUGUCUCACUCUUCUCUGCACCAUCAAUGGCUGCUCCGUCACCACCAGCGAAGGCCUCGGCAACAGCCGCGACGGAUUCCACCCGAUUCACCGCCGCUUCGCCGGAUUCCAUGCUUCUCAAUGCGGAUUCUGCACGCCGGGGAUGUGUAUGUCACUUUUCUCAGCUAUAUCCGCCGCGGAGAGCUCCGGCGGGCCUCCGCCGCCGCCAGGAUUCUCUAAACUGACCGUUGCCGACGCAGAGAAGGCGAUAUCGGGGAAUUUAUGUCGAUGCACCGGAUAUAGACCGAUUGUGGAUGCUUGUAAGAGCUUCGCUGCUGAUGUCGAUUUGGAGGAUUUAGGGAUCAAUUCUUUCUGGCGGAAGGGAGAUUCCAUGGAAGUCCGGUCGAGGCAGCUGCCGGCCUAUAGUCCGAAGGAUCACGCUUGUUUGAAUGAUGAUCCAUCAAGUUAUGUGCGUAGAGAAGCUCGUCGUCUGAAUUCCGGCAAGCAUUCGUGGUUUACUCCGGCGAGCAUCGCCGAGCUUCAAGAGUUGCUGCAAUUGGAUUCGGCCGGAAACGCCGGGAGGGUCAAGCUAGUCGUUGGCAAUACGGGGAACGGUUAUUACAAAGAAACUGAGAGGUUCGAUAAGUACAUUGACUUGAGGUAUAUCCGCGAGCUCUCGGUGGUUAGGAAAGAUGCCUUCGGAGUCGAGUUUGGUGCCGCAUUGUCGAUUUCGAAAGUUGUAAUGUACUUGAAGAGGGAAGGGAAAUCCCGCGUGGAUCCGGUGUUUGAUAAAAUCGCUGAUCAUAUAGAAAAGAUUGCGUCGCCGUUCAUCCGGAACUCGGCUAGUCUAGGCGGCAAUUUGGUGAUGGCACAGCGGAAGGAUUUUCCUUCUGAUAUUGCCACAUUGCUUCUUGCUGUUGGUUCGAGCGUUGUGUUGCUCUCUGGUCGUAACCGCGAAAAGCUUUCAAUGGAAGAGUUCUUGAGCAGACCGGCGAUGGAUGCCAAAGAUGUCGUCUUGACUGUCUCUAUCCCAUUUUUGGAGCCGUCGAGAAUUGAUGGAUCAAUCGAAACAAGUUCGAGACUACUGUUCAAAACUUAUCGCGCUGCGCCGCGGCCUCUUGGAAACGCAUUGCCGUAUAUGAAUGCAGCCUUCUUAGCUGACGUUUCCUUCGGUAAAGACGGGAGAGCUUAUAUCGAUAGCGUCAAGCUGGCUUUCGGUGCCUAUGGUGCAAAACACGCGACAAGAGCGAAGAAAGUCGAGGAUUAUCUGGCUGGGAAGAUGGUUACUGUUGAAGUUGUCGACGAGGCGAUCAAAUUGGCGAAAGACGCCAUUGUUGUGCCUGAAGAAACUUCGCAUGCGGCUUACAGAUCAAGCUUAGCCGUCGGUUUUCUUUUCGAGUUUCUCAAUAGCUUUUCUGGCAUCAAUUCUGCUAUAUCCCCUGCUUCAGAUUCGAACGGCUCAUUUCCGGAAGGAGCAGGAAAGAGUAUAAUCGAUACUCCAAGUAUUCGACUGCAAAACUCAACGAUAUUGUCAUCUGCAAAACAGGUUGUGGAGUCGAGCAGUGAUUACUAUCCGGUGGGCGAGCCGAUGAUCAAAUCUGGCUCUGCAAUCCAAGCUUCGGGUGAAGCUGUUUACGUUGACGACAUUCCUUCGCCGCCAAAUUGUCUCCACGGAUCAUUUAUCUACAGCACAAAGCCGUUGGCUCGAGUGAAGGCCAUAUCUCUGGAUAGCCGUGAACCAGCUGAUGUUGCCGCCGUUAUCACUGCCAAAGACAUUCCAGCUGCCGGAAAGAACAUCGGCUCUAUGUCCGUGUUUUCCUCGGAACCUUUAUUUGCUGAGGAGAUCACUAGGUUUGCCGGCGACCUCGUUGCCUUAGUGGUUGCAGAGACGAGAAAGAGCGCGAAUCAGGCUGCAGAAUCUGCUCAAAUAGAGUACGAUACAGAGGGGUUGGAUCCUCCGAUUUUAACCGUGGAAGAGGCUGUCGAACGAUCGAGUUACUUUCAAGUUCCUCCAUUUCUUUAUCCAGCAGAAGUCGGCGACUUCUCGAAAGGAAUGGAUAGUGCCGAACACAAGAUCCUCUCGGCUGAGAUAAGACUCGGUUCACAGUACUACUUCUACAUGGAGACACAAACCGCGCUUGCAAUUCCUGAUGAAGACAACUGCAUGACGGUAUACAGUUCGAGCCAAUGCCCCGAGUCUGCGCACAGAGUUAUCGCCAAGUGUCUCGGCGUCCCCGAUCACAAUAUCCGAGUUCUUACAAGGAGGGUCGGCGGAGGUUUCGGUGGGAAGGCUCUGAAAUCAAUACCGAUUGCUGUCGUGUGCGCUCUUGCAGCUCACAAGCUGCGCCGUCCGGUCAGAAUUUAUCUCGACCGGAAAACUGACAUGGUGGUCGCUGGAGGCAGACAUCCUAUGAAAGUAACCUACAGCGUUGGAUUCAAGUCGGACGGGAAGAUCACAGCCCUGCGCCUCGACAUACUUAUAAACGCUGGAAUCACCGAAGAUAUCAGCCCCAUCCUCCCUCACAAUGUGAUAGGAUCUCUUAAAAAGUACAACUGGGGAGCGCUCUCAUUCGACAUAAAAGUAUGCAAGAUGAACCAUUCCAGUAAAUCCGCAAUGCGAGGUCCCGGGGAAGUGCAGGGAUCUUACAUCGCCGAAGCUGUAAUAGAGCAUGUAGCCUCGUUUCUGUUGAUGGAAGCCGAUGCUGUAAGGAUAAGAAACCUUCACUCAUUCGACAGCCUAAAAUUGUUCCACGGGAGCAUUUCCGGCGAAGCCUCGGAGUUCACUCUGCCUUACAUUUGGGAUAAGUUAGCCGGCUCGUGUAACUUAGGACAACGGGUGGCGACGAUCGAAGAGUUUAACGCCUCGAAUGUAUGGCGUAAAAGAGGCAUUUCUCGUGUUCCGGUUGUGCAGGCGGUGAUUAUGCGACCGGCACCGGGGAAAGUCAGCAUACUCUGGGACGGAUCCGUCGUCGUAGAAGUUGGAGGCAUAGAACUGGGACAGGGGCUUUGGACGAAAGUUCGACAAGUGACUGCUUACGCACUUGCUUCGAUCAAAUGCGAUGGACUCGAAGAUCUUGUCGAGAAAGUGCGAGUUGUGCAGGCGGAUACCCUGAGCUUAGUACAAGGAGGGUUCACUGCGGGAAGUACUACGUCUGAGUCGAGCUGCGCAGCUGUUCGACUGUGCUGCAAUGAGCUCGUAGAAAGAUUGAAGCCGGUUAAGGAUCAGCUGCAGAAGCAACGCGACGGCGUGAAGUGGAACGAUCUGAUUCUUCAGGCAAAUACUACAGGUGUUGGCUUAGCCGUGAACUCCAUGUUUGCGCCGGACCCGAGCUCGAUUUCGUACUUGAACUACGGUGCUGCGGUGAGUGAGGUGGAGGUGAACAUCCUGACAGGCGCGACGACAAUCUUGCGAACAGACAUCGUGUACGACUGCGGACAGAGCAUGAAUCCCGCCGUGGACUUGGGACAGGUUGAAGGCGCAUUCGUACAAGGCCUCGGUUUUUUCAUGCUCGAGGAGUACCUAAGCAAUCCCGACGGUCUGGCAGCAGUGGAUGGGACGUGGAACUAUAAGAUACCUACGAUCGACACGAUUCCAAAGCAAUUCAACGUCGAGAUCCUCAACAGCGGACACCACCAAAAGCGCGUCCUCUCGUCCAAAGCCUCCGGGGAGCCGCCAUUGCUGCUGGCGGCGGCGGUUCAUUGUGCGGCGAGAGCAGCCGUAAAGGCGGCGCGGAAACAGCUGGAGCGGUGGGGAUGCGUGGAUGGGAUCGAGCAGACGUUCCAUCUGGAUGUGCCGGCAACCAUGCCCGUCGUUAAGCGACUUUGCGGCAUGGAUGCCGUAGAAACCUAUUUGAAGAUGCUUUCGAGAGUUGAUAAGAAAGGAUAGGAUGUUUUCAGAAAGCCUUCAUAAGAAAAUUGUACUAUUAAACCGAUCGGUAAUAAGUAUUUAAUAUAAGAUUUUAUUUUCUAUUUAAAAUAUUAUGUUCUGUUGGAUCUCAGAUGGGCUUUGGAAUAUUAGUCGUACUGCAGCUCCUAGAAAGCCUCCUGUUUAGAGAUGUGUCGAUUUUCCUUUGGCUGUUAUUUCUCAAUAAAAUUCUUCCGGCCUGUGUCCUUCAAAA